UCGGAAGUUGCGGUAGCAGCUCGCAGUGAUUUUUAGCCCGACAGCCUGCGAGUGAACAAAACUUUGUUUUCUCCCCAAAAAAGUGCUUUUGGACGAAAUUUCAGAGCUUUCAUUGAACCACGGAGGACUGCAGAUGGAUUCUAAUCGGUUCGGACCGUUUAUUGUCGACGAAGAGCGGCUUUAGGAGCGUUUUAAAGAAGUUGUGAUUGUUUUUUUGGCGCUCCAGCAGCGCAGAGGAAACAUGGAGGAUCUGCUGCUGUAGCAGCCGCUAACGAUAGCUGAACGCCUGGAUUUACGGACAGAUCGGAGCCGCUCCUACGUCCGCUGGAUGCCACAAAAGUUCGGAUGGUAGAAGAGGUCAACACGCUAACCGAGCCUGAGCUGCAGUUUCUUCCUGCAGACCCGCUGAAGCUCUGAGGAUGGAAGCAGAGCAGCUGGAGGCCGGAUCUCGACGUCGGAUGGUGCUCUGAAGAAGCCAUGGGUAGCUGUUUAAGCUGUCCAGAGAAAGAGUCAGUUCCAGAUAAUCAUCAGAGUAAAUUCAAGGUGAUCAAUGUGGACGAUGAUGGGAACGAGCUGAGCUCAGGCGUGAUGGAGGUGACCGAAUUCGAGCUCGUCCUCCGCACCCAACGCCGGAACGCCAUCCGGUGGCCCUACGUCUGCCUGCGCCGCUACGGCUACGACUCCAACCUCUUCUCGUUCGAGUGCGGCCGCCGCUGCCAGACGGGCCAAGGUAUUUUCGCCUUCAAAUGUUCUCGAGCUGAAGAGAUAUUCAACAUGCUGCAGGAGGUGAUGCAUAAUCAUAGCAUCAAUGUGGUGGAGGAGGCGGUGCAGGACCCCAACCAGCAGGGGGCACUCACUCCUGCAGCUCUGGGAUACUCUGUACCCACGGUGCCUAACGGGGUGAGUCGACUGCCCUCAGUGGGUGAGGCGCCAUCUCACCCAUCCACCCGUCACCCGUCUGUGGCCAGCACUCGCCUUCCGUCUGUGGGGGAGGAAUCUACACACCCACUGCUGGUGACAGAAGAGGCGGUGCACACCUACGUGAACACCACAGGGCUUCUGGAGGACCAGCCCAGCCCACUCACAGUCACCACUCCCUUGGAGAGCCCCGCCUCACCGCAGGCCCAGGGUCCUCCCACCCCUCCACCGCCUCCCAGAGCCCGGGUGGAGCCUCCAGCACUGCCCACUCAACCAGAGCCCCAAGUGCUCCUGGAGCUUCAAGGAGUGCGCUUUGUGCUGGGCCCGACUCCUGUUCAGAAGCAGCAGAUGGAGAAGAGGAGGCAGCAGGAGCUGCAGGAGGCCACUGAGCCCCAAGAGACUGACAGCCCCGCCCAGACCCCCACUGAGGCCGAGGCACCAACCACACACUCCAACGACUCCUCCUCCAAUCCAUCCACGGCUUCCCGUCGCAACCGCCCGCCACCCCUCACUCCCGACGUACAGAAUGUCAACAACUCGGCUCAGCGGCGCACCGCCUUGCUGGACUACGAAAACCUGCCGGUGCUUCCGCCGGUGUGGGAGACCAGAAAACCUAGCGGCGAGGAGGAAGAGAGCACUGAGGACGGCUUGAAGACUCCAUCACUCAACGGCUUUUACAUCCACACCCCCUACACUUUGCUGCACCAGUCUUACUCCCACCCAUUGAACCCUGGGCUAUGCGAGCCCUCACACAACUACGUUAACACGGAGAAUGUCACUGCGCCUCUGAGCGCGCACCGGCCAGACACGGCCCGCCGCCGUACCGAUGGUCCCACCAUCUUUAACUUUGACUUUCGCCGGACGCCCCUACUGGGCAGCGCAGAGCCGCCCAAAAUUCUCAACUACAUCGAGGUGGAGAUGGACAGAAGCAGCGGAAACAAAGGUGCAUCAGACGGUAGCAACCCCCACACGCCUCGCACCCCAACAUCCCCGCUGCCUCCGACCACGCCCACGCGGCGCACCGAGCCUUAUGCCCUUAUUGACAUUGAGCGCACCGCCGCUAUGUCCAACCUGCAGAAAGCGCGGCCGCGUGACGACGGCACGUCGCGCAAGACUAGACACAACAGUACGGAGCUGCCGAGCAAGAGCACGGCAUGAUGUGCACAGAGCCGUGCCUGGACUCCAGACAGACAGGAGAAGUGACUUCCUGUGGUCUCACCUGUGCAGGUGAACUGGUACUAUGUAAUACCUCUGAUGGUGAUGAUGUCACAGACUGUUUCUCUUAUAUGGUACACGUCAGUAUUACUGAACAACAUUCCAUUUAUCUUUUUGUACGAGUCACUGUGCUGCUGUAAGA